CCCUUCGUCUUGGGGAGCGAGGGGAGGACGACCAUGCACCGAGUCGUCUCCAACCAGCGCUCGGUCUCCUCCUCCUCGGGCUCCUUCCAGGCUCCUCCGCCGCCUCCCCCCGCCGCUGCCGCGGACCUGCAGCCCCUUUUCCUGGGCGGCGGCAUCAGCACCAGCAGCAGCAGCAGCUCGAGCGGCGGCACCCGGAGGGGCAGGAGGGGCUCAUCCGCCUCCCCGGGCUGCAGCAGCCCGUCCACCUCGGGCUGCAGCAUGACCGCGGGGGAGCUGUACGGCGCCCCCCUCGCCGGGCCGGGGCCCGCAGCGGGGCCCGCGGCGGGGCUGCUGUGGGCGGGGGGCGCGGGCGGCGGCGGGUCGCGCUGGGGCUACAAGGCGCUGUCCCUGGUGCUGCUGCUGGGGCAAGGCGCGCUGCUGGACCUCUACCUGAUCGCCGUCACGGACCUGUACUGGUGCAGCUGGAUCGCGACGGACUUGGUGCUGGCCGCCGGCUGGGGCAUCUUCUUCUGCCGCAACAGCCGCGCUCGGCGCCGGGAGCGCCCGCCCGCCUCGGCCGGGGGAGGGCACCCGCCGCCGCCCUUGCACCCGCUGCUCGGCCACCCGCCGCACGGCGGGAGAGGCGGCGGCGCGGCCGCGGGCGGCAAGGCGGGGGGCGCGCCCCGGGGCGGGGACUUCGCCUACGCCCACCUGGCCUGGCUGAUUUACGCCAUCGCCUUCACGCCCAAGGCGGCGCUCAUCCUGGGCACGUCCAUCCUGGAGCUGGUCGAGCUGCGCCUGCCGCUGGGCGCCACCGGCUUCCGCAUCACGCUGGCGCUUUCGGCCCCGCUGCUCUACUGCCUCCUGCGGGCCAUCGGCGCGGAGGGCGGCGGCUCCGGCUCCGGCUCCGGCUCCGGCCAGCUGCUCCUGCCGCCCCACCCGCCGCCGCAGCACCGCGCCGCCGCCGCCUUCCUGGCCACCUGCUUGGACCUGCUGGACAGCUUCACCCUCCUGGAGCUGCUGCUGCUGCAGCCCGGCCGGCCGGCCUUGCCUCUGCCGCCGCCCCUCCGCUACGUGCUGAUCGCCGUGUAUUUCCUGUGCCUGGCGUCGCCCGUGCUCUGGCUGUACGAGCUGAGCGCCCCGCGGGCCCCCGGCGCCGGCCGCCUGGCCCUGCACUGGCUGCUCCCCGCCGGCCUGCUGGACGCGCCCCUCCUGGCCCUCCGCUGCCUGCUGCUCGUGCGCUACCAGCAGCCGCUCUCCAUCUUCAUGCUCAAGAACCUCUUCUUCCUGGCGUGCCGGGGGCUGGAGGCCAUGGAGACCUGCUGCCUGCUCCACUCGGCGGGCGGGCACGGGGGCCACGCCAAGAACGUGGCCACCCCUUCUGCAGGCGUCGUGGGGGGCCAGCUCAGCCACUGCAUCUCGGAGAACGACAUGGGGCCCCACGGCUACGUCAACACACUGGCCGUCACAGCGCAGAGCUGA